AUGCUUUCCAACUUUCUUUUCCAGUAUAUAAAAUCAGAGGAACGAAAAGCUGGAAUCGCCACUGAAGUUGACAGAAGGACUGUUAAAAGACUUUUGGACCAGUUGGCAAAGGAAAGCAAAAUCAAGCAAUUGAAAACUGUUAUAAAACAUCUCGGCCGUGAAAAAGAGUAUCACCUGAUCAUGACCCCUGAGCUCACAGCAGACGACCCCCUGGUGCGGAGUGUGAUCAACAAAGCCAAGAUGGUUCAUCUUGCUGUGGGCAAGGACUCGGCCAAGGCUUCAAUACGCGCACAGACUGUACAGUCAAAAUUGAAGGACUUGGAAAAUAAGAGUGGAGAAAAGGGGAAGGAAGCAGACGUCAAACAGUCCAUUAAAAAGCUUAAGGUCCUUGCUGGGAAGCUAAAGCCAGGAGAUUUGCAGUAUGAUGCAAAAGCCACUAGAUCUUAUGGUCUUCAACCCAAGUUCAAAAAAGCCGAGAUAGUCCAUAAGCUACUGUGGUACCUUAUAUAUGAAUAUAAAGGAAAAAUUCCCGAGAAAGAAGCAAACGCUCCCGGAAAUACAUCACCUGUGCCUUCAACUUCAACUGAGGAUUUGGAGGAGAAUACAGUGUCAAAAGGAGAAAAUAUUGAUGAAGUAGAGCCAGAAAUAAGUGAAGUGCUGGUUGCUGAUGAUGAAGGAAUAUCACCAGGCAACGAAGCUGUUGUUUACUUAGAUGAGUUGUCAUGGAGACGGUAUUUACCUCCACUGCCAAAGCAUCUUGGGUAUGGAAAAGGAUGGUUCCUUGUUAGUGACGUCUUGUUCUCCAUGCCUGUCUGCAUGUUUUGCCACAUCAUCAGCUUACCAUACAGAAUAAAUGGGUUAUUGGAAAUCUUACAAGAUCCAGUGAAAAAGUUUUAUCUUGUGCGGCACCUACCAACUCAGAUUGUCAAAGAGUUGUUGUAUGGCAGACGUUUCUUGUUCUGUUUUCAUGAAGUCCUGGAAACUCUGGCUGUGAUGGGGUUACUUUCCUUUGCUGAGAAUAAAAAAAUGAAAGAGAAGGAUUGGCAAUUCACCUACAUGUACAAGAAGGUCGGUCUCUUGGACACCAGGGAGUCGGCCCCAGGUUACAGUAUGAUCGAGACGGGGAGAGAUUAUCCAGUCAGAGAAUACGAGUUCAAGAAUUCUGAAGAUAUUGAGCAGUACUGGGUGGACCUCUUGCUCAUAUGUGGGGACACCCCGUUAGGGAAAGUAUACCAGAAAUUUCCAGAAGAAGUAACAAGGCCGCGUAUCUAUGACAUGUUCAGGGGGCUGAUUAAAUCGGCAACUUUUGCAGUGCCUGGUAACGAGCCCGAGGAGGGAAAACCCAUGGGGAAUGUAAACGGGGCUGCUGGAUUUGAUGCUAGUUUGAUGGCACAUUUGAGGAAGAACUGGCAGUGGAAGGCAGGGGCUGAGAAACUGUACAGUCACUUAGACCAAGAUAAAUUUCUGCUGCAACACUGGAAGAAAAGUAGUGACCAAAAAUUGAAAAAGGGUCGUCUCCGUCGCUUGACCCAAAGAACAGAACUCGCAGAGGCCAGUAGUGGUGGAAUGACGAGGCAGAAGUUUUUAGUCCUGUCUCCUACAGGGCAAUCUUCAACACACAACACAGCCCCCCAGGAUCUGGCCCCUGGGUCCAAGGUUUACACUGUCCCGAUAGAGGUCAAGAGCACCAAGGACAUUAAACUGACCAAGGGCGGGAAGGGCAUGAAAAGGAAAGGCUUGGCAAGGAAAGGGGAAGGUCCAGAAGCCAAGAAAAAGAGGGAGGAAAUUGAAAGCAGAAGGGUUAAAAUAAAGAGAAGAAGGAAGGAAAAGAAGAUAGACGAAGCUGAUGUUUUAGCUGCUCAAAGAAUGAAUCGCCUCAGAGUGCUGUGGACUGCACAGGAAGAUAGUAUGCUAUUGUUGAUGAAAGUAACAUCGCUCUUUAUGAAUCCUCAUCUUCCGAAGUUUAUUCUUCCCUGGAGAGUGGUUCGAGACAUCCUCCAUGAGCUGUCCCCUACCUCCCAUGACAAGACCAGCAAAGCUUGUGCCAGAAGGGUGCUGUAUAUGAUGAAGAACCCUCAGACCAAAAACAAUGUCUCCAUCGUUCUAGGAGAGACUCUGCAAGAUCAGGAUCUGGUCAGAGAAUUCAAAACCAAGAAGUAUUUGCCAAAAGAUAUGGAAGCCAAUGAGAAAGUUUUCAGAAAGCUUUUCUAUAAACUCAAAGAAAAGUUUGAGAGCAUGUUUGGUCCAGAGGAAUACGAGCUCCCUGCUACACUGGAGCAACUCCAGGCUAGACACACUGUGUGCAGUGUGGGGAAACUCCCUGGGAAAUCAGUGCACCGAGAUGCCACGUGUGUCAGAGACAUCCAGGCCAGCGUACUGCAUAACAUAGUUCAGAGUUCGUGUGGCACAGUGGAUAAAAUGGGGCGUCAAUACAUGAUGUUCAGGGUGUACUCCCAGUAUCCUGAAGAUCUCCUCACCGAGGUAUUUAACACCAUGAGGAAUGACCACAUUAUCAGCAAAAAGAAGAGAAAGAGCACUCAUGAAAUGCUGUCCUUUCUUGCUACAAAAACCUUCCAUUUAUCCCAAAGGUAUUCUCAGAAGUUCCAAGUGUUCUCAUACCGUGCCACCAUCUUUCCUGAGGCCAGUCACUAUCUCUCCCUCUUGAAUAAGGAAGUUGGUCAUGACUUUACUGCAGAGAAUACAGGUGGUGGAUGUGCAGCUUUUAUCACCAUGUUGGCACUUGACAAGAUCACUUAUGAUAUAAUAGUGCCUGACAGAGUGAUUGACAUAGAGAGGAAAAGGAGUGCAGGUGAAGAAUCCCCCAACCAAAGUGACCAAGGAACCAGCGGACAAAAGGGUGAAGGUCAAGGCCAGUCAGAAGGCCAAGGUCAUUCAGAAGGGGAAAUGCAAGAAAGCCCAUCUGAUGGUCCCCAAGGAGCCAAAAGUAGUGUUGAUUGUACUAAAUCAAUAUCCUCUCAGCAAAAGAGCAGCGGAACUGUACUGGGUGAAGCAAAGAAAAAUUUGGGUCAAGGAGAUGAGGUAUGUGGGUCAGUGACCGUGGAACAGAGUCGAAAAGAUGACAACAUGCCCCAGACCUCAGGGGAAAAAGCAGUUGUCGAGGAGGUAGCAUUAAUGGAAGAAGUCUUAAAGCCUGAUGAGCAGGAAAACUCAAUUGGGAAUGAAGAAAGAGAUGUUGCAGUUGAGACCAUGAAAUCCCUGUCAUCAGGUCUCUCUUCUGAUGUACCUAUGGAGACAGAUAUUGGAGAUAUGGAAAGUCAGCUGCGUCGCACCCUUGCAUUAGCAAAGGCAGUGAGAUUUCAAGGACCUGUGGUGGAUGACGAUGAAGAAGAUGAUAAUUUGGCAAUGAUGGAUGAUGAUGAUGAUGAUGAUGACCCCGAGUAUGUUCCAGAAGGCUCUUGGCAGCACAAAAAGACAGAGAAGGGAAAAUCUAGUGCCAAGUUGCCAGCAAAGGGUCAGAUGAAUAAAUCUGGGACAGGAGGAGAAAAGAAAAUAGUAAAGAAACGGAAAGAAAAGCUGACUCCCAAGGCCAAAGCUCAAAGGCGAUGGGAAUUUAAAAUGAAAGAAAGAGAGAGCAAACCAUCCCAUAAAAAGAACACUAAAGUCGCAGACCCGGCUGAUUCCACAGAAGGUAGACUUUGA